AAUUCGUAAGACCGCGGGGCGACAUGGUCCAUGAAUUUUGGCUCAUCAAGGGGCCCCCCCUCUCGCUCAAGUCCGUUUAUAUGUACGCCGGCCCUUCGGCAUUCACAUCCCACAUUCACAGGCAUUUCCUUGUGUGUUCGCAGCGGGUUCCGAAAGAUGGCGACCGAACUAGUGCAAGGAGAAACAGAGCAGACCGAGGCGACACCGAUAUAUCCGAAUUUAUCAGCCUUCCAAGAGCUAAUCCACAGCUUCCGUGAAGAUGGUUGGAAGAAGUGCUGGGAGCAAGGGUUGACCCCCUGGGAUUUAGGACAACCGACCCCAAUACUUCAGCAGCUUCACCAGAUGGGUGCUCUUCCAAAAGGCAGGGCUCUUGUUCCAGGAUGUGGCUCUGGCUAUGAUGUGGCAUCUAUUGCCUGUCCCGAACGCUAUGUUGUGGGAAUAGACAUAUCAGAAGGUGCCAUAAAGAGAGCAAUACAGCUAUUCUCUUCAUCACCAAAUGCAAAUCAUUUCAUCUUCCUGAAGGAGGAUUUCUUCACUUGGAAUCCAACAGAGCUCUUUGAUCUUAUUUUUGAUUAUACGUUCUUUUGUGCAAUUGAGCCAGAAAUAAGAGCAGCAUGGGCAGAGCGAAUGAGUGAAUUAUUGGGACCAGAUGGCGAGCUCAUCACCCUGAUGUUUCCGAUCGGUGAUCUCAUUGAUGGACCUCCUUAUAAAGUAUCAAUAUCAGAUUAUGAGGAGGUAUUGUGUCCCUUGGGCUUCAAGGCUAUCUCCAUUAUGGAUAAUGAACUGGCUGUUGGACCCCGCAAGGGAAAGGAAAAGAUUGGAAGGUGGAAGAAGAUAAUAAAGAACUCCACGGUGUGAUAUCUUGCAACAUUCUCAAUCCUCCAAUCUCAUCGUACAUCAAUCGGAGAAACUACAAGCAAGAAGUAAAAGUUGGGAGGCAAUUUGCUUUCCCUCUUUCCCCUCAUUUCUCUUUCAGUCUUUAUGGUUUUUGCUACUUCUAUAUGUACAAAUACUCUGGACUUGAUUACCGAGCAUGCCGACUGAUUCAGCUUGAAAAAUGAGAUGGGUGCUUGGGUGUGAGCUUGUGUUUGUUUUUUUGGCUAGAAGGGUGUGAGCUUGUUGUUGAGUAAGAAAAGCACUUUCCAAAGUUUGAUUAAAAAGGAGCAAGACCUGAUUGCAUCCUCUAACUUCGAAACU